AUGCGGAAAAGCUGUUGUGUAUCGGGUGGUACUUCGAAUAAGAAGAAGAACCCGGGUUUUCAAUUUUUUAUCAUCCCAUCGGAAAAAAACAGACGUGCGAAGUGGUUGUCAGCCAUCAAUAGAGCGUUUUUAAACGAAGACGGCACAGUUAACAAUAGCAAAGGUUGGUCUCCGCCAUCUGCCCAUUGUUACGUCUGUUCAGCACACUUCAUUUCUGGUGAGAAGAUAAAUGAUCCACGUCACCCAGAUUAUGUGCCUUCUGUUUUCCCCCACAAUGAAAACAGUUGCUAUCAGUCAACAUCAUCGAAGUCUACAGAAAUGAUGGACCGGUAUCAGAGUGUCAUGAAGAGAACAGCUAACACAGGUUCAGGUGUAUCACAGGUAAGGAAGAAACUAAAAUUGAACAACCCAGUUCCUGAGACCAACAAUCAAGAUGAAAGGCCACCAAAUCAGUCAGAACUUACUGAUCCAACACCCAUGAACAAUGCUGAUGAAGAAGAUAAUGAGGUAUUGGUCUCCACAAUGUCACCAUCAGAAAGUGAUCAUGAGUCUACACACAAGACUGUACCUGAAACACCAAUGCAAAGAUCAAUGGAGCCAUCUGAGAGGGAAAUGUUAUACACAGAAAUUGAUAACUUGAGGCAUGAACGGGAUGAGGCCCUUGAACAAUGUUCCUCCACCAUCACCAUGUAUACGUAG